AUGCAGGCGUACAGCACGCAAAACUUGACGUAAGUUGAGCCGCUCCCAAAAGUUCCGUAGAAUGUGAUAUUGGAGCACAACUCGGAGCUCUCGGGUUACGAUCUGUCUUUGGUAAUUGUAUACGUGGCAACGCGACACCGGGGGGAAAAGAGGGGCGGCGCCCGACCGACACACAAUAGUUUAAGUUUCGGGCGCUCCUUCAGAAUCUGUUCGGUUUUGCAGAGCCACCACCUCGUACUCGGAGCAAGAAGUCGUGUGCAUUUGCGAGUCGCUCUUCAACGAAGGACUCCAAACCGGGCGGACCGAUCAACUGGUGAGUGUGGGGAGGACUUUUCGUCAUCUUGUCACCCGCAACCAACCUCUUUCUUUUCUCUGCUCGAUUUCGAACACGCAGGUGUCAUGUGUCACUUAUCACUGAUUUUGACGAACUUGCCUGCCCCGGGGACGAUGAUGUCGAUGCUCGAUGCUCGAAAGAGCUCUGCUUCGCCUCUUUGCGGUUUUUCAUCGAGGGGUACGGUAACUGUGGCUGGCUGCGGGUGGCGCAUGCUUUUCCCUUCCUUCAAAGCAAACAAAAGUCCAUUAUGGCCGGCGUGGGGGAAGUGGGGAGCAGAUGUGGGGGACCAGAAGCUAACGGCUCAAAUGGGGAAAGAAGGGACCUGUCUCAAUAUUGUAGUAUUUUCAGGCCAACUUCCUGUUCAGUCUUCCGCAAUGCUACCUCGGCUCCGAAUCCGUGUUGAAAGCGCAGGCGCUCGUCUAUUUCACGAGUCAAAACUGGAAGAACCUGUAUCGUCUGCUCGAGUGCCACAAAUUCUCGCCGCACAACCACAACGUCCUGCAGAACUUGUGGCUCGACGCGCACUAUAAAGAGGUACCUAGGAAUCAAAAUAUUUGGGCCGGAUUAGGACCACUUGUUCCUCAAUAUGCCAAUAGGUAUAUAAAGUUGCGCAAUGGGUGAGCUGCGCGCGAAUCUAGCUAACCAAAUCCGAGACCAACAUUGGGUAAUCUUGGUUACGUUGGUUGCUGGUUGCAGGCAGAGAAGACGAAAGAGCGAGAGCUGGGAGCCGUGUGCAAGUACCGCAUCCGCAAGAAGAAUCCGUUCCCGAACACAAUCUGGGACGGCGAGGAAACCAAUUACUGUUUCAAGUCCAAAUCACGGAAUGUGCUCAGAGACGCCUACAAAAAGUGCCAGUACCCGUCGGUCGAAGAUAAGCGGAGACUGGCUCAACAGACAGAGCUCAGCAUCAUUCAGGUGACCCGGAAACUCCGGAAUCCCUAUCAGAGAGCAUUUUUCGUUUUGCAGGUGUCCAACUGGUUCAAGAACAAGCGACAACGCGAGAGAGCAGCUGGCCAACUGGAUAGGUCAGUUACGGUCCCGUGGUCCAUGUGUGGUUUGACUUUCGGGAAGGCAGGUCACUUGUGUGCGCAUGUUAUGCAAUCGGACAUAUUAACUUGGAGAAACGGGUGUUACUGGCUAUCGAUUUGGGGAGAGGGCGAAGGAAAGGGAGCACACUUUUUGAGAAAAAUUAUUUAUAUUCAGUGGCCUGAGCACUAAUUUUUUGCCUAAUUUUCAUGAGUAUCUGAAACAUUCAAUACCGUAGCACAAGCUUUCAAAGUACCGUAACCUCUUUCUGGUCGUUCAAAAAGGUGCGAAGAGAGCUUCCCCGUCCACUUGGACACCCCGCUGUCAUUAGUGUUUGCCCAAACUUUGUAGUAGGCCAGGUAGAUGACACGAUGUACCCGACGAGGGAAACAAUACGCAUUGUUCUGCCGCCCUGUCGUCAGAUAUGAAGAGCUUCUCAAAUAGAAGCCGGGAAACGAAGGCGAGAUGUGUUAGAACGGGAAAGGGGAUCUGCGACUCAACUCAACUAAUCUUGCUCAAUUUCAGAAGCUCGGCCCGAUCGAACGACAGCGACGACGGCUCUUCCGGUUGUGAGUCGAAGCCGACGAUGGGCAUCGAGAGCCCCGCUCCGCCGUCACUUCCCACCUCGUUCGACCUCCAACCCUACCCUUAUGCUCCGUAUGCGUUCGCUCCGGCUCCUUGUGAAUUCUCCUAUCCGCUUCAGAAUUUGUGA